CACGCGAUCAGGCGACAGGACAGCUGAGAAACAAGCGUUAGGACCGAUUCUUCUGCACAAACCGAAGUGAGUGCUCGGCAGCGGAGGCUCGCUAGCAUCCCUGCGGUCCCUAUGCUGUACAAGGCAUGGCAGAGAGACAGGACAACGAGGUAAGUUCCAUGUUUCUCAUCAUAAGGUGGAGGAGGCUGACCAGAUCUACCUGCUGAUGAAGGAGGAGUAUCGGAUCUCGAGGAAUGUGCGUCUGGCGUGGUUCCUUGGUAAACUUAACCAAGUCAUCUGGCCAGCCUCAAAGCCUGAACUGCUGAACUCAGAGAAUGAAUUGGACUUGCUGAGCAUCUUACCUAAAGGAUGGCAGCCAGAUUUCUCCCCCACUAUGUAUCCCUACAUGUUGAUGCCAUCCACUCGGGCCACCUUCCUGGCCCGGAGGUACCGCUUCAUCAUUGAGCUGGACCUCAGCCCCUCCACAGGGAUUGUGGAUGACAGCACAGGAGAGAUGAUCUUUGAUGAGGUGUUUCAUGCCUUGUCAAGGUGUCUGGCUGGUCUGGCUCAACCAUUUAAAGUCCCUGGAACUGAUCAACUUUUCAAACCUAAGAUCUUCAUCACCAUUUUGGCGUAUUCGUCAAUUAUUGGCCUCACUUCCCAUCAGGUUUUGGUACAGGGCUGUCAGCUUGAUAGAACAGACCUCAACGAGUUCCUGCAUCACAUCUAUCAGCAGCUCAGAGCAGUGGAGAGCAACAUCGCACAAGUCCUCCAUCAGCAGCAUGAACAGUCUGUAGAGCCAGUCCAAAGUUCAAGUCUCCAUAACAACAACCUGGAUGACCAGCCCAACAGGAAGCAGGGCAUUUCCAUGGUGUCAGCUGAUAUGGGUCUGGUCAGCAUGGUACGCCAGGGCAUCCUGGCUCUUCAGUUGCUGCCCCCAAACUCCAGUGCAGGUAUCAUUAUAAUCACAGAUGGAGUGACGAGUGUUCCUGAUGUAGCCGUGUGUGAAACCCUGCUGAACCAGCUCAGGAGUGGAACCAUUGCCUGCUCCUUUGUGCAGGUUGGCGGUGCGUACUCCUACGACUGCAGCUUUGGUUACAUCCCCAAUGUAGAGCUGAUGAAGUUCAUCUCAUUAGCCACCUUUGGUUCAUACCUGCCCAGCUGUCCUGAGGUGGACCUGAACAGCCAGGAGAUGAAUGCCUACCACAAGGCCUUCUUAACCUACUCCUUCCUUAAGACCCCUGAGUCUAUGAACUCAGAGUACUUCUGUGUUUCCCAACACAAACUGUUCAAUGAGCAUCUGGUGUCAGCCAGCGGAAACCCCGCCUUGGUCAUGAGGAGGAAGAAGCACACAGAGAAGGAAGUCCAUGCUCAUUUAAUCAGCGUGGUGUCUGUGCGACUGAGAGAGGGCUACACCAUCAGAGAGAUCAGCCUCACCAAAGGUGGGACUCAGCUGGAGGUGAAGCUUGUGCUGUUAUGGAAACACAACAUGCAUAUUGAGUACCUGGCAGCUGCCUCCUGGCCUCUGGACCCCGCCAAGAGAACCACCAGGGUGGAGGUGACGAUGGAGGGAAGCUACGACAUCCUGCAUGACAUUAGCUGCACCCAGAGGAAACCCAUCACCAGCCCAUACCGCACCUCCGUCAUCCGACGCUUCUGGAACACACUGCAGAGCAUCAACCAGACUGAUCAGAUGUUGGUGCAUCUCCAGUCAUUUAAUUCAAUUCCUGAGAACUAUAUGAUUCCUGAGAGCACCAAAAAUGGAGUUCCUCUGUUCUACAUCCCUCCCGGCUCUACUACACCGGUCCUGUCGUUGCAGCACAGUGGAUCCAAAGACUCCUCUCAGUCCCAGUUUGCUUCCUACUGGAAGCCCAUCCUCUCCAUGGACGCCAACUUCUGGCAGAGAUGGCUGCACAUGCAUCGCAUUGCAAUCAUGCUUGAACAUGACAUGCCUGUCCCCAAACACCUGCACACAGCUGGAAACAAUGGACGUUACAGCACCAUUCAGUGCCGUAUCUCCCACUCCGCCCUCACAUCACUGCUGAGGGACUGGAGCAGCUUCGUGCUGGUGGAGGGUUACUCAUAUGUUAAACUCAUAUACAGUUCGUCUGACCAGCCUCCCACCUCCUUCUACUUGGUCCGUCUCAUCUCCAAGGCGCCCUGCAUGGUGCUGCGUCUGGGCUUCCCUAUUGGCACACCAGCCCACGUUAGAAACAAGAUUGUGGAUGAGCUGCGAGAGCAGAUCCUCAAACUUCGCUUCCCUCAUCGUGUUCAGAACAAAGAGGCGACCCCCAAGACCAAGAGGAAGAUUGUUGGCAGUCCAUCACCAUCCAAAUCUCCCUCCACCCCUGCUCCCAAACCUUCGCUGUCAGACAGACCCUGUGUGGUGGUGCUCAAUAAGCCUCUGGAGAAGCUGCUCAUACGGUAUGAGAAGCUGCCAUUGGACUUCAGGACUCCCUUCAUUUUCAACAUGGAGAACUUUCCUCAGCCCUCCAACAGUGCCAUCCCCCUCAGCGUGGCAGCCAACCGCACAGCCUCCUCCACCUUGGCCUCUCUGUCUCGGUACUUCCUGCACCAGCGCUGGGUGUGGGCCGUGCAGAGCAGCCAAGGACCCACUGUGGCCAUGCAGGCUGUCGCUCACAUCCUGUGCAUGCUUUCAGAGAUCCGUAUAUCAGAAGGCUUUCACUUUGCUGCCAGUGGAGAGGGCAUCGUUAACAUGGUGAUCGAGCUGCCAAUGAAGGGCAUGUCAGGGGACACGGACAGAGAGAGUCACUCUUGUAUCGUUCAGUACAUCCUGUUUCCACCUCACUCUACAUCUACGAAGGACAGCUUCUCCACUGAUGACGACAACGACACGGAGGUGGAGGCUGUAGAUGUGGACACAGAGCUGAACCUUGUGACAGAGUGCUGGGUAGAACCACAGAGCGGCACAGUGAUGAACUGCAUGGACCAGCAUCGCCACUUCCAGGGCCUCAAAUACCAGGAGAUCCCUCAGGCAAUCUUCCCAAGGGAUCUGGCCUGUAUGUCCACCAUGAUGACCUUUGAGUAUUUGAGCCAACUGUGUCAGAAUAAGGACCAGGUCUGCUCACUGCCAGCUGGACUCAAGGAUGUGAGAGGAGAAGCCCUGGCCUCUGAGGACAGCAUUCACAUGGUUCCUUUCCAGUUUGACCUCAUUCAGCUGCUCCCAAAAUGCCAGCAGGUUGAGCUCUUCUUCCUCACAUUCAGUACAGCCGUGGAGAAUGAGGAGCAGGUUCACAGCUCCCCCUGUCUGCCCAACGAGCUGCUGCUCAGCCUCUUCCACAGCAGCCUGGAGCACGAGCUCAGUGACAGAGAGAUCCCGUUAGCUGACGGCGACCACGUCGCCUUCAUGCACCAUAUCUUAGAGCGAGAACGAGACGGCCAUGUCGCUCCUUUCUCCCUACCUGUUAUUAAAGAGGAGUGUGUAAAGCCUCCAGACAGACAGGACACUAUGACGUCAUUCCACACCACUGGCAGCAGCAAAGAGGUGAUGGGAUCCACCAGCACUUUACAGAGUUUCAGUAAUGCAGACCUUGUGGAUGAAGAGGCCUUGCUGGGGGAGAGCAGCUGCUCUACGCCGCAGUGGAGGUGCUACGCCAAGUACAUCAGCUCCCAGCAGAUCCUCCUCACCUUCCUCCCUGCUUCCUUCACUGAUGUUCUGAUGUUGAUGGCGUCAGGGCUGGAGACAGAGCCUCAGAGUAACAUCAGCACGCAGGAGGACGACACUCUGACUCCCAGCAACAAAUCUCAGGCUGACUCACUGUCCGGCUCCACCAGUGGGCUGGAGAGGUCUGAAUCCAGCCUCAGUCUGGCCAGUAAACUGCAAAGGAGCUCCAGCAGUGGACACUUUACCGGCAGGUCCCCUGUACUCUCAUCACGGUCCGAAGGCCAGACUGGGCCCGCUGACUCCCUGAUCCUGGACCAGGACAGCUGGGACAGCAGAGUGUCAGAGACAGAGACCGGGACCCCAGGCUCAGAUCUGGGUGAAAAAGAGGGAGUUCAGUUCUCUGAACCACAGGAGGCAGAUUUCCACAUCAGCUUCAACAGGCAGGUUUCCAUUGACAGCAGCCAAUUAAAGUGUCCAGUCUAUGUCUACAACUGUUCCCUGGAGCACCUGAAGGAGCAACUGGUACACCCCAACUCCAGCCGCCAACCCAGGGACAUCUUCUUCAGAGCUCAAGAUGCUGAGUCCUGGGAGAUGAAUCAGCAGAUGAAGUUCAGGUCACUGUCUCAGGACCGCAGCAGUCCGUCCCCUUGGACCGACCUCCUGGCUCAGCCUCACAAACACAAGGAGCUGGCCAACUACUGCAGCCUGCUGCAAGAGCAUUACCACCAGAGCUACGUCACAGGUGUGUACCGCAGUCUGCAGCAGUCCAACAACAUCAGCUCCCAGGAUGUCCUGAUGGCCAUGGACUACUGUGAAGAAUCCCUGCAGGAGAUAGACAUCACCUCCUUCCUGAAGACCCUCUGCGGACACAUCAGAGUCUUCAGGGAGGAUGGUGAGGCUCGCGGAUGGGAAGGGAAACCAAAACCUUCAAGGAGCCCUGCCACCUUUAUCAUCGGAGAGGUUGAGGAGGACCGACCAGAUGACAGGGCUGCCAUGGCCUCCUCGUCCAGUAUUGAAAUGGACGAUGCCAGUGAAGCUGAAUCUAGAGGGAAAUCCUCUGGUCCUUCAUCUCCACUGAUCCUGGAUGAGGCCAAGACAGCCAAGAUCCCAGAGUUCCCUCUGACACCACUUCAGACACAGCCCAAGUGUGAAGUGUAUCCAGAUCUGCACAAAAUAAUUCAGGAUAAAUUCAUGGAGAUCGUGUCUCAGUAUUUCAAAACUGUGCCUUCUAAUCCACACUACUUCUUCUACUGCCCACCGUCAUCCAAGAAAGAGGAGGACUCAGAGGAUGGUGAGAUAGGGAGGAGACCCAGUGAGGAGCUGGUAUCAGAGGCUGAGCCAGCUACUGAGGACGAAAAUGUGUCGGGCUGCUGCAUCAUGACUGAGAGCGACACAGAUUUGGUGGUAGAGUAUGAGGAGCAUCCAGGCACCAGCUCCCACAGAGAGGGUGAAGACCAGUCCCUGUCAGACUCCAACACUGUCAACCAGGACCAGGACUCCUUCAGCAUCCUGGAGGGAGACUCUCUGCUGGAGCCCGAGGGGCCACAGCUGGACAUGCCGCCGCUGUUUGUUCAUGUCACUUGUUCCGUCAAUAUGAAAAGUUGCCAUGGCUCCAUGCCCAUACAGACACUGCCUACCUGCCUUGGUGAGAUUAUUUCCUGCCUGGAGAAUGCUGAAGCCUUACAGUCUGUGGAUCUGGAUGAACUCUCAGUCACAUUAGAUAUUUUUGUCCUGACACUACCUGUGGAGAUUGAAGACAUGGCUGAUUUCCAUCAUAACAGGUACACCUCAGAGAGCAGUGUGUCCCUGAAUCGUUCACCAGGACAGCCCUCCUCCUACCGCUCUGAUGAGGAGCUGAUGGCAGUGUUGGACAAUCUGAGGGGAGCCGGAGUUGAUGGGGUCUCUGGUGAUCCCUUAUCCAAACUCCCAGUUCCUCACAAGGUAGCAAUUCUGGCCACGAUGGACGAGAUCCGCUGGCUGCUGGAGGAUGAGAUCGUUUCUGCCCUGCGUCACUCUCGGGUCAUCAGCUCGGCCACGCUGCAGAAAGUGUCGGAGCACGUUGUGCGCUCCAGCGGUCGGCCGCACUGUCACUGUGAGGAUGUCCCACUGCAGUUUGUCUUUGGGCCCGAGCAGUCUCUGGAAAAAUUCAAAGAGGAGUUCCGCAGAAUGUCGUUCUCUGGCUACCUGUUGAAUGGAGAACAGGACAGCUUCUACUACAUGUCCCUGAGCAGACUGCACCCUCAGAGGAUUCACGCUACCAAGAGGCUGUCUGAGAGCACGGCAGACCCCGCACAGCACACCAGCCCCCUCUCUGCUGGAGCACAGGUGGAGGAGGUGAUGCUAGAGAGUGAAGCAGAGGCUCAGGCAACAGAGGCAGACAGCGAGAGUGAAGACAAGAAGUCCAUCAGUGUUGCUGCUGACGCUCCCAGUGACACAACUGCAGGAGCCAGUGAGCCAAUCAGAGCCUCGAAGCCUGAGGCACAUGACACUGUUUCUCAGAGCUCAGUUAGCAUGGCGGGGGACAGAGGUCAUCCCAGUACCCCCCAGCUACAGACUGAACGCUGCACAGAGUCCACCUCACCCCCGAAGACACCGUCCAGUGUCAGCCUGGCUGAGUCCAUGCAGUCAGCCUCUCACAGCUGUGGCAAACUCAGGCCGAGUCGAGUCCAGAGUGUCGUCUCCAGCCAGGGCAGUCUGGACUCAGACAUGCAGGGUUAUGAUGGUGGCAGCAGUGACUCUGAGUGUGAGAGCCCCACCCUGGAUGAACAGGAGCGUCAGUCACCACUGAUGCCCGACUUCUGGUUAAUUGUUAAGAUCCACCAGGACAGAGUGAAGGUCUACUCCCAUUCCAGGUGCUUCACAGAAGGAAAAGAGGUCAGUGCUGAGGAGCUGGAGAAGAAGGAAGAUGAUCAGGAGCUGCCUGAAUACUUAAAACUGCAUCACAUGGUGAUCAGGAAGAUAGGUGAAAUCUGCAGAAUAGUCAAUCAGCGUAUGCUGCUGCAGGACCUACAUGACAGCCAUGUGUGUAACUCUCUGCUGGUGGCUGAAAGUGAAGAAGACAUCUGGAAGAACGAGUCUCUCUACAGGCAGAGGCUCAACACCUCCGAUGAUUACAACACAGAGGAGAGCUACCAGGCCAGAGACUACCUGGCAGCCACCAUGCAGUUCAUCCCUGGACAUUUUGCCUGUGAUGUGAUGUGGAGCACCAUCAUCCACAUUCACCCACGCCUCAAGAUGGGACCCAACAUGGGGGUAUCCAGGGCGAUCCAGGCCCUGCGCUCUGUGCUGAACUCUUUCUGUGUGGUCAACAGGAAGAACAUGUUUGUCUACCAGGAGCGUACAACUAAAUCAGUCUUCUACCUCAGACUUUGUGAAACGUCACUAACAGGGAAAUACUCCGACGUGGAUGGAAACCUCCACAUGACUCGCUCCAUUGGGCUUGCCAGGAGUCAAGAGCCCUUGUUUUCCGAGGACUUUAUGGGCUCCAGGUCUUCUCUGGACAGCUCUCGGCCGGUUGGACAAGUAGACAAGCACAUCCUGCUGCUGGUGCAUGGAGUGGGAAACGCAGGCCCAGAGAUCACAGACGAGCUGGUCAAGGUGCUGCGCAAGCGCCUGGAUGAGACCACCUUGGACAUCAUCACUGUCAUGCUUGUCAGGAACUGCAAGCUGACACCAGCUGAUGUGGAGUUCAUCCAGCCAUCAGGAUCUCCAGCCACUGAGGUGAUGAACUUCAGCCUCCCCCAGUACUGUCUUCCCUGGCUGCCCGCUGUGGCUCACUACCUCAGGCAGAACCUCCUCAUCUUCCUGCAUGUACCCAAGUACACCGACAGCAACACAGCACACCACUUCAAGCACUACUUUCAUUUGAGCAGUGACUUGGCUGACGGUGAUAUCUACCUCUACAAUAAACCUGGAGGCCAGGGGACGGGAGGCAAAGGUACCAUGUCGGAGCUGGUUCAGCAACUCUUCCCGCCUUCUCAGUUUAAAGGUAUUGCCUGCAUCGCCCUCUCAUUUGUGGACGCCCAUGGUCGUCCCCUUCAGGUUCCAGCUCAGGACUGUGCCACACUGCAGAGAUCAGAGGACUGCGCGACCCCCCUUCAUCCAGACCAUUUUGACGAGCUUACCGCUGUGUGUAAAGUUUACUCCGGCAACGUCAGCUCAGAGCCACAGCUGUAUGUGCGGUUUGACAUCUGGGAACAAGGCAACGUCAGCCCCUUACAGCUAAGUGAUAAACUGCAGGGGGCGCUGCGCCACGCACUCUGUGAUGUUGUCAUGGAGCUGAGAGUCUUGCCAAAUCCUCUUUGUCUGGGGGUGCUCUGUCCGGCGUCCAAAGCUCAGAAAGAAGAGGCUAAAGGACUGUUGAUCCCUUUGCCUGAGGUGAAAGAAGUGAAGGACAGCCCCAGGCAGCGCAGUGGCUCAAGAGUCUUUAAAACCAGCCCUUCUCCCAUCACCUUAACCCAAGCUGUCCCCAUGACAGGGACCAGCACACCCGAGUCCACCACACCCACCAGCAAGAGCACCCGCCGGAGCUUCUGGGACAUACUGAGUAAGCCAGACUCAUCAGAGCUUGGGAGCCCAAAGACAACUGACGACAUAGUGCAAGAAAAAGGAGAGGAGGGCCGAGCAGCACGACGAAGACACAAGACGGAGAACGUAAAGCAGCAGUGGAGCCAGGAGAAAGCCAUGGCUGUGGAGCUGGAGCAGGCCCAGAGGAGGCAGGUGUCUCAUUUGGAAGAGGGAGAUACGGGCACUCUACACCCCAUCUACCAGGAUACCUGCCAGCCAUGGAUCACUUUCAUGGAUAAACUUGGCUGCCCCUCCAUUCAGCAGUGCACGGCUGAAAUUGCUUCGCACUUCCUGCUGCCUUCCAUCUUGGCAGAGAUUGUCAAUUUGGUCAGUUCUCUGGCCAGUGAUACGACAGUGAAGGCAUUUGAAAAGACAAGCUGUCCCACAUCUGGAGAUGUAUUUGUACCAUUCCCUCUUGUCCAGAACGUCAGCCAGCCUCCAGGCACUACAAGGAGCUUCAUUCUCAUUGGCCGUAACUUCCAUCAGUGGCACUGUAGCACAGAGCAAGAAGACAGUUCAGAUGAGGAAAACAUCCCAGUGCUAAAUAGGUUCACACCUCAUAAGGGCUUCCAGCGCUUCGAGGCUCUGGAGCAGAGUGAUUGGUUCAGUCCUAGCCAGGCCGGGGCAGGACUGGCUCCCCGCCAGAGGUUCCUCUUCAUCAGCAUACUGGACAAAAAGGUGACUCUGUACAGCUAUAACUGGUCUGUGGACCUGGGCGCCUCUCUGAAUCGUGAGCUGGUCCGCCUUGUUAAGUGGCAGAACGCGAGGGCUCAUGUUGUCCACUGCCUGCUCAACCAGAAGAUGGGCCUCUUCCAUCACUACUGCUUCUCUGAUGCACCCAGCCACGAAAUGGACUCCAAGCAGGAUCCCAACCCAUUCCUAAGCCCUUCCAUGGAGCCUGAUGCGUUGCUGCGUAGCGCAGUUCCUCCUUUGCCUAGUAAAGAGCAGGGCAGGCUGAGUAGCUCUGGUCGAAGUCUUGCUCCACUCCACUUCCCCUCGGAGCUGCUUCCCUUUGACGAGGCUCUGAGGGACGUCUGCACCAUCCGACCCUUGAUGGAGGGGGAUGUGGUGGCUCGACAUGGCAGCCAGCUUUUGGAGAUCAAGGCUGCUGAGCGGAGAGAACUGGAGAAACAGAUGAAGAUAGAGAACCUGUUUGUGACUUGGCAGCAGCGGUCAGCACAGUCCAACAUGCCCAUUUCAGGGACAGAUUUGGAGACCCUGAAGCAGUCGUCCAGGCUGGUCCACUACUGUGCCACCCCUCUCCUCUUUGACCCCAUCUUCCGCAAGCAGAUCCAAGAGGAACAGAUCGUUCAGCCUCCAGUGAAGAAACGGCAUCGCUCCAGCGACUCCACGGCGUCAGGUCGGGACCGAAGCUACAGCACUGAGUCGGUAGACAUGCUGCCCAGCCGGCUGAAGGAAGAACCCUGGCUGCUUGAGAUUUCUAGCACCUUCCUCCAGCAGUACGUGCAGUACCUGCAGAGCAUGGGCUUCAUUCUGGUCCAGGUCCGGCCUCAGUCUCCAGCUCGCAGCAUCGCCCGGGCUCGAGCUGCCAUGCUGAGCUCUAUGUCAUCAGAAGGCAGGAUGUCUUUUUCUUAUGUAAAGCAGAAGAGCGAGGACAGCCCGAAGACUACAGCAUCUGGCACCACCGCAUAUCACCUCCAGAGGGCGCUACCAGGGGGGGUCGUGUUGAUGGAACUGGCUUUUCAGGGGUGUUACUUCUGUGUGAAGCAGUAUGCACUGGAGUGUUCCCGCAUUCCCAUGGGCCAGACCGUCAACUCCCAGGGCAGCCUCCUCACCAAACCUCGUUGCAAGCCGUUCCCAGAUGCCACCCCAGUAUCUGACUGUGCGCUCUCCAUGCUCUUCACUGAGGAGUGUGAUAAGGUACGGGACCUGAUGCACGUGCACUCCUUCAGCUACGACUUCCACCUGCGAGUGGUUCACCAGUACUUGGUCGGCUGCCACAUGACGCUACGCCAGGGCUACCAGCUCACCGACUUCCUGGACGACUUCAUCUCCCAUCACCCAGACAUUCCCAAGUUUGGCCGCAACCACGUCUUCCAAGGGAGCUUCUCCAUCUCCACGGGGAUGAUAACAGCUCACCAGCUGUACAACUACAUCACUGACCAUGCUAGCACCUACAGCAUGAAGCCACUCCGCAUGUCCAAGGCUGCAGUCACCACUGACAACAAGAAAGGGACGCCUGACCUGCACGAGUACGCACUAGUGGCUCUGUGGAACAGUUCGGGUUCUUACAAGGAUCUGGAGGGCCUGCACCACCAUGAUGACUUUGAUGUGUCCCUGGUGGUGUGCCAUAAUGCCGCUCCAUUUGAGGAACAGUCAGACGGGGAGAGGCAUUUGCUGAGGUUGCGGUUCUAUGUGAUCAUGACCAGUCAGAGAGAGCUCUUCCCCCGCCUCACUGCUGACAUGUGCCGUUUCAAGAAGCUUCCUCAAAUCCACCGUGAUCCUGGUGAGCUGGGUGGCCGGCUCCCCCCAGAUCGAGCAGAGGCCUGCGGGUCACGUGGUGCCGAACAAGACCUCUGGGAGGAAACAUCAUCUGAAGCUGCAGCCGCCUCGGCCCCCAGCGAUGGCAAUGAGUUUUACCCUCUGGCGGGGGGUGGACCAGAGGCUCAGGGGCUGCUCUACCCCUCCCCUCUGUUCCCUCUGCUCAACAACGAGGUGGCGUUAGCCCGCAGGCAGAUCCAGGCCAGUGUGGAGCAGGCCAUGGGUCACUGCCGCAGGGAUAACCUGUGGAGGAGGUUGUUCCACGGAGAGCACCUGGCCCUGGACAAACUGAAGCUGACCAAGUUGUCAUUCAGCGAGCUGGAGGAGCUGCUGGAGGCUGUGCAGAGCCGCUCGGUGGGGGAGAUCGACCCACAACUGGACUGUUUCCUGACCAUGAGUCCAGCCUGGUACCAGAGUCUGAUCAAAGUCCUGCUGAACCGCUUCCCUCAGAGCUGCAGACACUUCGACGACAGCGGCAUCCAGUAUCUGGCUGUUCUGAACCAGAAGUUCACUGACUGCUUUGUUUUGGUCUUUCUGGACACCCAAGCUGGAAAAACAAGUUUAAAGGUCGUGUUUCGGGAACCGCUGCCGUCGCAGCCGCAGGCCAGCAGCAGCCCUCCUCCUCAGCUGGUGUCCAUGUAUCAUCACCUGGAGUCUGUCAUCAACACCGCCUGCUACAACCUCUGGACAGGACUGUUAUAGAGCUAAUCAGUGCUGGACUUACCUCAACUCAUGUCCAUGUGACCACGAUGGACACAUGGACACAGGAAGCAACAGUAGAGGAAAACAGAAGACGAGACGUCUUGCUAGCAUGCUCUCCCAGCUAAGCUUCAUACCGGACUGAUGUUGUUGCUACACAGGAUGCAUAUAGUAGAUGUUUUUACAGGUUAGAAAAUUGAUACCUGCCCCAAAAAAGACUGGACCCGACAGACACCCAAACACACCCAAACCUGGUGUAGAGUUCCUGCAUCAGUUAGCCCACCCAGCCCCAAGCCAGCCGGGGAAAAUCUGAUUAAAAACGAAAUGACUCCUAACUGGUGUGUAGAAAACCUCCAUUAGCUGGUUCAGUAUUCUUAAUCCUCUGAUAUACUUGCUUUUAACUAAGCAUUCAUGUGUGCAUGAUAACCCCAUAUAUCCUGUUUUCCUUCGUUGGUUGUGUGCAGGAAUUACCACUACACGUCCACAAGGCUGGCGGCAGUAUAUGUGUGGUUGUUAUAGUUUAAUAAAAUAUCAAUAUAUCUUAAUUAGAUUAUGUGUCAGCCGUUGAUGAUCCCACCCUGAUCUGCCUCACAGUGGAUAAACCUUUUAUCCUCCAGGUACACAGAGUAAGCAGCUGCAGCAAGUGUAUCACAAGUAUUAGGGCACUUUAAUGUUUCUCUUGAUGCUGUGCCAUUUUUUUCUGUGCACAUAUGAAGUGCAGAAUAUGUAUAAACGGCCUAUAGUGAAGUUCAUUGUACCAGGGUUUCCCACAGAUAUAUACAUAUAUCACACACACACACACAUAUAUAUAUAUACACACACACACACACACACACACACACACACAGCAGUUUGGAUUUACUGAAUCUGAUGCUUCAUGUUGAAUGUUGAAAUGCAACAUCAGUCAUAAGCAACCAACAGUGAACACUUCUGGUUAUAUAGCUGCACAGGUUUCAAACUCCACAGCUUCAUUAAUCGGUCUGAAUUAUCUUGGAUAUUGUGCCUUCUGAUAGCAUUUUUUUCCUAGCUCUUCAUACCACAUCAGUGUUUUAUGAGUGAGAGACCGCUGAGAUGUCAGUGUACAGAGUGGGAAGGCUUUAUAUUAGAUUUUCAAGUGUCAAACCUGUUGCUCACUUGAACCCCACUGUUGUAUCUGGUGCCCUGAAGUGCCUUUCUCUGUUUAUGUAAGCCUCUUUUUUUUUUUAGUGAUACGUUGUUCCAUCAGCUCUGCAUAGAAGAUCUUUGGAAAUACACACUCCUGAUGUCGAUUUGGAGAAUGUGACAGAAACUGCCUUUAAUAAGAAAGAAAAUGGGUCAUAUUAACGUUUCUGAUUGCAUAAUAGCAUGCCACAUGUCAUCAGCAGCGUUUCCAAAGCAUGUUCAGGGUGAUGAGCUGGACUUGUGUUGCUUAUUCUGAAACAGUGCAGCUGGUAAUCAUACCUCAAUUUACAAGAGGGCAUGAAGCCGGCUGGAUACAAGAAUGUGACAUGUAGCUUGAUAUUCAUUGCAAUACCUUCAUUAAUGACAUACUCAGCAGCCUUAGAUUUCUACACAUUUCCACUGGAAGGAAACCAAAUACAUGUUUGAGCUUCUUUGUGGAUGUAGUUCUCACUGCUCAGAGAAUUCAUUCUGAAUGUUCAACACUGGAUUCACCAUGCAAAAUGUGAACUGGAACAAAGUUAGCCCUUAGCAUUGACUCUGUAAUAUAAACACUGCACCGUCUCUAACUCUAUAAUGUAUAUUAUGUAUAUACAGAACACUUUAUACAGUAUGUGAAAUACUAAAUAAAGCAGUAGGAUGAA